AUGACAAAUCCCUACAACCAACCAACCAAAUGCGUCUCUACCACCACCAGCUGGUUCAACCCCAGUGGCACAGCACAUUACGUGCGUCCUAUUCUUCAGCCUGACAUCUACGUGGAGACAAAUAAUACCUUGGAAAGGAUCAUCGCAGGGAAUUCAGUUCGAGUAGCCAAACUCGAAUCCCUACUCAAGGAGAAGCGGGGACAGCAUAGAGCUGAAGAAGCCGCAACCGCAGCUAAGGCAACUGAAGAAAAGCGCCAACGAGAAUUUGCUGCCGCGAUCCAACAGCACCGAGAUGAUGAACUCUCAGCCAUAGAUAUGAGGCGGCGUACACGGUAUGGAAGCACUAUGAGCCAUGAGGUAGCAGAAGAAAAAGCAGCUGCCACCGCGUCACAGGCGAAAGAGGCCCAAGACUACCGCAACUCGUGCGACUGCAACUUUCAACGAUCCGCAAACAGCAAUAGGAGAAACUUGACAGAAAACCAAGAGGAAGAGCAUAGGAAAAGGCGCAUAGAUAUCUCUUCACGGUCUGCUUCGCAGGCCGAUCACGAGGUGACGCUUGCGAACUGCCACUUGGAACUCGCGAAAUGGGAUCUGCAACGCAACGCUCGAAUGGACUCGGAAGCUACAUUCGACGCCUUCUUUUCCGUGGAAAACAAGCCACGUCGCACAGGAGCCCAAUGGCGCGAUACCGGCAAAGUAAUCCGCCCGUAUAUCACAUCAUCUGGCCCAGGACAUGACACCUGUUGCGACUUCGAUCACUGCAAUGGGUUUUGUGCAGAUAUCGAGACUACCCGACACGAGUAA